AUGUUUACCCUUCCUUUGAUUUUAGUCGCCGGCGGCUUAUCCACUCUCUCUAUCGGAGCUCCUCUUCCUGGAAAUACAGAAAGAGACUCAUUCAUUCAUUCUAUUCAAGAGCGUGCAGCAAAUUCAUACACGGUAUUUUCCGGUGAUGGAGAUACCAAUGUAGGAUGGCCUACACAAAGUGAAUGGAUUUCAAGCUUUGAUGAUAUGUUCGACAUGCAAAAUAGUGUAUUGAAAGCAUCAUGCACUCAAUUCGGUGAAGCCAACAAUUCCGAUGACGAGAUCUCAGAUCUCAAAUCUGCCAUCUCAGAAGUUGCUAGUACUACCGGCAUUGAUAGUCGUUUUAUCCUUGCCAUAGUAAUGCAAGAAUCUAACGGUUGUGUCCGCGCUCCAACUACCGUUUACUCCAUCGCCAACCCAGGUCUCAUGCAAUCUCACGAGGGAUCCGGAUCAUGUAAUUCAGGAAGCUCUGUUCAAAAUCCUUGUCCCAAGAGUGAAAUGGUUCAAAUGAUUACUGAUGGUACAGCUGGUACAGCAUCAGGUGAUGGACUCAAACAAUGUAUUGCCGAAACAGGAGUUACAGAUGUUAGCAUGUAUUACAAAGCCGCCAGAAUUUACAACUCCGGCUCUAUUGCCUCGGGUGGAAAUCUCGGGGAUGGUGUCGCUACUCAUUGUUAUGCUACUGAUGUUGCAAAUCGUCUCACAGGAUGGUAUUCGGGAACUAGUUCUUGCAAUUCAGCUACUAUUGGUUCACUUACAGGUUCAGCUGCUUCUCCUGGUUCCAGUGCUAUUAGUUCGGAAAUAGCUAGUGCCAGUUCAGUUAUUAGCUCUUUUGUCUCUUCGGUAGCUUCUGAAGUUACUUCGGCUUAUUCGGUACCAACUGCCAUCUCGGUCAGACCUUUCUUCACAUCAGUUGUUUCAGCUGCUUCAUCAGCUGCUGCAUCCAAUACCGGUGGUAUAUUCGCACAAGUCGGUGCUUCUUCGUCUAGUUCAUCCGCAGAACCAACCUCGGUAUCAUCAGCUGUGUCUGUCCCAACAGCUGCUUCCUCGUCUAUCGCAAAACCAACCUCGGUAUCAUCAGCUGUGUCCGUCCCAACAGCUGCUUCUUCAUCCAUCGCGAAACCAACUUCCGCAUCAUCAUCUACAUCCACCUCCAUCGCCUCUAUAAUCCCCACCCCCACCCUCCCCGCAACCAUCCCAACCACCACCUCCUCCCUCCCAACCACAACCACACUCACCUACCCCUCCGCCUCGUCCUCCCCCUCUUCCUCAAACACAAACACAACCUACACCCCCGGCACCAGCUGCAGCACCCCAGGCCAAUGGAACUGCAUCGACGGAACCUCCUUCCAACAAUGCGCAUCAGGAGUUUGGUCCAGCAUCGGAGGGCUCGCCGCAGGAACAGCAUGUAAAGUCGGAGAAGGGAAAUUAAUUGAUAUUUUCGCUAUGGAUGAUAGUGAAACUAAACAUAAGAGAUAUGUGGGUGGUGAGAAGAGAGGUUUGAAACAUGCGCAUUUGCAUGGUUUGAAGAGGGGGGUGAGGAGUUUUUGA